ACGAAUCCUAAUUGCAGUACCAGACAAAUGGAAGCCUAAGUGCCAAACGAAUUAGAAAGUCCCAAAAAGUGAGAAAGAGAGAGAGGGGUCAGAGGAAGGGCAGCACGGGUGAUGGAGGCGAGGAAAAUAGUGGUGGUGGUGGAAGACGUCGACGCGGCCAGAACGGCCCUCCGCUGGGCUCUCCACAACCUCCUCCGCUACGGUGACUUGAUCACUCUCCUCCACGUCUUUUCCCCCGCCGCAUCAAGAUCCAGAAGCAAGAAGAAAGCGAGACACCUUCGCUUGGAAGGCUACCAGCUCGCUCUCUCCUUCAGGGAAAUUUGCAACACCAAUUUCUUCAACACAAAUAUUGAGAUUAUUGUGACGGAAGGCGAUCAGGACGGGCUGAAGGUUGGUGCGGUGGUGCGGGAGAUCGGUGCAUUCGCCGUCGUCGUCGGUCUUCAUGAUCGGAGCUUUCUCUACAAGUUGGCAAUUGCCCACAACAACAUAGCAAGUAACUUCAAUUGUAGAGUUCUGGCCGUCAAACAACCAGAAUCACCGCUGAGGAAGACUAAAUCCCCUGCAACACUACCUGCAUUAGACAGUUCAACCAACAUGGACUUUUCGCAGAUCGAGAUUGCUGCAUUACAGUGAGAUCACUUUCCUGCCAACCAUUAAGUUAGGGCCUAUUUGAUGCAACUUGUUAGAGUUUUUGUUUUUUUUUAUUGUUCAUGAGUGAUAAGUUUAAAUUUUUAGUGGAUGAAAAAUUUAAAAGUUCCUUUUAAAAAUAUGAAAAUGUAAGUAAAAAUGAAGUUGAUGAAAAACUUGAAUUUAAAGUUUUUGAUCUUUCACUGUUUUGGAUCUUUUUAAAGUUAAAAAAAAUGAAAUUUAAACUUAUGAAACAUGAAUAAUGACAAAAAACUGAAACACUUGGGAAGCUGCACCAAAUACACCCUUAAUAUCCCUUUUACCUGCUCCCCUUCUUUGGAAUGGAACAGGGCACAAGUUUUCUGGUCUAUUGUCUUCUCACUCAUUUCUUAAAGUUAAAGUUUUCUAAGUAUGAAAAUACUAAAUUAAUUAUAUAAGGUAGUUACAUAGACCAAUUAAAUUGAUUAAAGUUGGAGAGAGAUAGAGAGCAAGUUAGAGAAACAUUGAUGCAUUUGAAGGUGAAAUAAGUCUAAUUUUUUGACAAAUGGAUUUGCAGGGUCCCCAAUAUUCCACCCCCAAAGAUUCCAUACCGAAUAUGCCCAAAUCCUUCUGCUAUAAUUUGGAGAUCAAGGAAGUCAAGGAGAAAAGGAAGCCCUUUAGAAUGAAAUGGUUGAGAGCUUGAUCGUAUUAUAUAUGCUUCUAUCCUGAAAUGCACAUAGGUUUUCUUGAUUUUGUCCUCAUUUUUUGGGGCUAUACAGUGCUAUUUAUAACUUUUCCUCACCACACACAUGAACAUAGAAAGGAAUCAAUAAAAGUUAUCAAUUGACAUCAUGCAGUUCUUUUGUGAUUAAUUAUUUUGAUCCUAUAAAAGAUGUAGUCAUUCCAUUGUCAUGUACACGAGGAAGAGUUAUGGUUCUAGUUCAAUUUUUUAAUAGAUUUUUUUUUUCCAU